CGUAUGACGUCACAGCAGAGAUUCUAAACCGGCGAAAUCGCAAGCACGAUCACUUUGUGGCGGGAAUUUCUGGCAUCCGCAUCUUGACACUUCUAUUGCGACUGUCAAGCAUUAUCGUCUGCUAUAAUAUCCAUAGCUUAAUAUUUUGACAUACCUACCAAGAUGGCAGUUGUUGAGAAACUAAGAGAGCUCUGCAGAUCUAGAGGAGCCAAUGGCAUCAUAGGACUCUCUCGAGCCUUCCGCUUGAUGGAUGAUAACCGCGAUCGCAAGCUGGAUUUGGAGGAAAUGAAACUUGGACUCAAGGAGUACGGAGCUUCCUUGGAAGAUGACGAAGUGGCCGAACUUUUCAAGGAGCUCGACAAGGACGAGAGCGGCACCGUCAGUUUCGAAGAAUUUCUGAAGGCGGUCAGGCCCGCCUUGCCCCAGGAACGCCUGGACAUCAUCGAGAGGGCUUUCGCCAAGAUGGACAAGAGCGGCGAUGGAUCGGUCACGCUCGAGGACCUGAAGGGCGUGUACAACGGCAAGGAGCAUCCGGACGUGGUGGCCGGAAAGAAGAGCGAAGACGAGGUGCUGCUGGAAUUCCUCUCCAGCUUCGACACGCCCAACAAGUCAGAUGGCAAGGUCUCCAAGCAGGAAUUCAUUGACUACUAUGCCGGAGUCAGCGCAUCCAUUGACUUAGAUGAAUAUUUCGUGACUAUGAUGGAAAAAGCAUGGCAGCUGUAAGAACUCGUGUGGCAUACAAAAUUCAAGCUACUUAAAAGCUAGUACUUGUGAGCUUCGAUGCGUGAAUUUGUUGUUCCUUGCAUUUCUUGUUCAUAUGUUCCAUGUAACGCCUGCAAAAGUUAAAGAAAAUUUGCUUUCAAUGUAUUUUUGUGAACGUGUAUUUUAGAAAACUUUUUUUAGAUCUUUAUACUUAAAUUCGUAAGCUGCAGUGAGAGCUAUAUAUAAAUGUUAAAUUUCCAUGAUAUACAUUAAAAAAAUUCUUCAAAUGCUGACUAACUGACAUCUAAGAAUUUUAUAGAAUUUACAUUGAAAUUGCAUUCCAUGCCAUUUAAAUAGUGCAAGAAGUGAUAUAAAAAAAUUACAAUUUUUAAUUUAGAAGCAAAAUGCAUUUAAAACCAAAUGAUAAUUUUUUAACGAGGGGUUGUAUUGAUAAUCCAAUUGUUUUAUAGUUUGAAUAACUUUUAUGGCUUGUAUUAUUUUAUAAGCUGUUUUAGCAAUCGUAUAUUGCACAUUUAUGCAUUUAUCAUAUUUUAAGCAUCAUUUAAUUUUUAUAUAUUCAUACACAGUAUAAAUGUAUUAUUGAAAUUCUGAGCAUAGAAACCUUACUUUUCACUGAAAGGUACAUUCUUUUGUUAUGAAUUUGAUGUAUCUGUGAAUUUUCAAAAUAUUUAUUUUAUUGAAUUUUCUUAUAUUGUUUGAAUAAGUUCAGAUUGUCUUUUAGAAAUAAAUAACUUAUUUUGCUUCUCUA